ACGCGUGGCUCCGAUGCCGUCAUCACGUCGAGGCGCGUGGAUGACGCCAUCGCGCCGUGCGAUGGGGGUGACGUCUGCGGGCGGCGCCAUGUUGUGUGUUUCACCCAGUGCCGGGGCCGCUGUCUACUGAAACAGGGAACAGGGGGGAAACUUUAUUCGGCGGUACUCUGGUUCCCGGUGACUGGCACGGGGGUGGGGGGGGGGAAAGGGGAAUCGGUUUUAGUUGCACCUCCAAGAUGGAGACCGAGAGCCUCCUGGAAGCUCUGGCAGAUUUCGAGAAGAAAUCCAAGAAGGAAGUGUCGUCGCUGUUGGACCAGUUCCUUUGUCAUGUCGCAAAGACGGGAGAAACCCUGAUUCCUUGGUCACAAUUUAAAAGCUACUUUGUAUUCAAAUUGGAAAAAGUAAUGGAUGAUUUCAGAGCCUCAGCCCCUGAACCCAGAGCUCCGCCCAAUCCCAAUGUGGAAUAUGUUCCUUAUGAAGAAAUGAAGAACCGAAUUCUUAAAAUCGUUAAUGGGUUUACGGGUAUUCCCUUCACUAUCCAGCGUUUAUGCGAGCUGCUUACGGAUCCUAAGAAGAAUUACACUGGGACAGACAAAUUUCUCAGGGGAGUUGAAAAGAAUGUUAUGGUUGUUAGCUGUGUGUAUCCCUCUACAGAGAAAUGCAACUUCGGCUCAAAUAGUUUGAAUCGAGUGAAUGGUAUCAUGCUGUCUGGAAGCCAUACUGGGUAUACAGACAGAUCUAAUAUCAAUGGUCCUGGUACUCCAAGGCCCCUCAGUCGAUCAAAAGUUUCGUUAUCAAGCCCUUUAACGACAAACGGUUUGCCAGACAGCUCUGAUAGAGAAAUUAAUGUGCAGCAACCGGAAGACAAAUCGCACAGUGAUUCACCAACUUCCCAUGGAGACAACGCGCAGAGUAACUGUUCAAAAAAUAAACAUUUAGAGGACACGAUGGAAGCUGAGGCACCAGAGGUAAAACGGCUGAAAUUUGAUACGGAAAACGAGGAAGAGGAGCCUGUACAUUCUGAAAGUUCUUCAGAAAUGCCUGAGGAAACUGAGAACACAGCAAAGCAGGAAGAAACCAAAGAUGAUAGUGAAUGGAUUGAUCCAGUCAAUGCAGAUAAACAAGAGCCCUCAAGCAAACAAGUAAAAGCCAUGUUUGAAUCUGAGCAAGAGAAAGUUGAAGUUUCAUCUGGAAAUGUCAAAGCCUCAGAUGAAAAUCAAAUGGACCAAACUGAGCCAACCAAGACAUUAACUUCAAAGGCAAGUGAAAUCAGUGAAAGCACUGACGAUGUUAGUAACAGUGUGGACUACAGUGAUACAGAAAAACCAGCCACACCUCCCGAAACUCCAGACAUGCUUUCUGAGAGCCCAAUGGAGAAUAGUGCAGAUGCUACAGAAGAACCAAUGGAACAGGACUAAAUAUUGAGAUACUCUGCAGCAUUUUCCAUGAGGUGUUGAUUUUACACUGUAUAAAGUUUUAUGUAAUAAAGUGGACCUUUGUUUCCAGGAGAAGGAGAGGCUAACCUUCUCCAAGAAAAACCUGGAAGAGCUGUACAAGGUGAGAACUGUGAAACCAGCUCCUUCAGGUCUCAUCUACUGCUCCCGCUUUUUUGUUUGGUCAAAUCAGUGGUUUUGUGUAUAGAUUUUUUAAAUUAGUUUUUAAACUGGAAGGUAAAACUAUAAUUGUCGAGUUGUUUUCCAAUUCAUUGAACUAGGCCAUUUACCACAGCAUUUUUUGUCUCAUUUUUAAACCUCUUUGGAAAAAUUACAUUUCCUAUAUGGUCACUGUUUCAACAUUUAAUACAUCAAACAACAGGUUGAAGACACAUUCCAGGAAAAAAAAAACCCAAAAACAAUGCAUCACAUUCAUUUACUUCUGGUCCGGUAUUGAUGGGAUUCAUUAAUCUAAAGGGAGUGUGUGGUUCACGUUAAUGUGAAACAGCAAAGGUUAGGACUUGUUUCAAGAUCAGUUUGUUUUGGUUGCAGAAUAAAUGCUUUUUUUUGAUUCAUUGUUCAAGCAGAGAAAGGUGUGGGGGAGGUAAAUCACUCAAUUUAAGCUCAGUGGUUAGAAUAUGUAAAUUUGAAUAAGUUCCUUUCAGUUACAUUUUUUGUAACAUGCAGACAGCACUGUUACACACACCACUGACUACAUCGAAGAUCUACUGCAAUUACCUUGUUAAUUUAGUCUUGUGCCAGAUCUUAUGUACUGGUCAUGCAAUUUUAGGGGGUGCAUUGAACCACCAUGAUUUGUACAAAAUUUUGAAGUGAAUGAAAUAUUUUUGAACAUGCUACUACAUUUUGACAGCCAGUGGUUGUACAUUUUUGGAGAUGAUAACUCAGCACAAAUCUUCAUCUGUACUUCUGAUGUUUUCUGAUAUUCAUCUUGUAAAUUCAAAAUCCUUUAAUCAUUUGAUCACAAUUAUUGGCUGUCAAAAUUUGUUUGUACUUGUUUCUGACAACUGUACUUUUUGAUAUUUAGAAUUUUUAAAUUUCUGUAAGUAGAUUUUGUAGAUUAAUUGUAGAUGUAAUUGUUCACUGCCUUUGUGAAACGUUCUAUAAUUGUAUAAUUUGUGUGUAAACUGAAUGCUUUUGGCUUUCAAUACAGUAUUCAUAUAAAGCAAUAAAUGUUAUAUCUGGACACAGUCUGGAGACACACUCCAGUUCCCGUUGAUAAAAUUUGCACAGGGUUGCCAGAGGCCAUGAUGACUGCACGUAACUGACAAUCUACAAGAUUGACAGUUUUGUCUUUCCUGUGAAUGUAGUAUUUUGCACUUGUUAAAGUGAAUAUUCUGGAGAUAUAAUUUUGUGGGAUCUUAAAUUCACUGAGAGAAUUAAGAGUCUUCAUCCUAACCAGUAUGUAAAGUUUUUUACAGGAUGCCUAAGCGCUGUAACAUUGUUUCUCUUCAGCCCUGUGGUUGGGAAGAGCAUCUUACGUUGCUAAUUAAACAAUAAUUUUCACAAGUUUUUAAA